AUGGCAGAACGAGGUACAAUGUAUACACGUAAAGAAUCUAUUUCAACCAAGCAAAAAGCUUCAUCCUCAUUAUCUCAACCAACAUCUAUAAAUUCAACAAAUCAACAAAAACCAAAUUCUCGUCAUCAUUUGACAUUACCGGUAUCUUUAAAUAAUACUUAUCCUCAAAGUCCAGCUGAAAAUUAUAUUAUUGCUAAAUCACAAAUGUUAAUGAGUCCAAAUGAACAAUUAGAUAGUUCACCUGACUCUCCAUCAUCUAUUAUUUCAUUAACUACUCAAAGUAGUAUCAGUUCAAUUCAAUGUCCACCAAGCCAUGCUGAACUCAUGCAAAGAUGGCAUCAAAAAAAAGCAAACGAAAUAUGUAAAAAACAAAAACAUCGAUAUAUAUAUGGAACACCUUUAUCACCAUCGGCUCAAAAACCGAGUUCAUUGGGUAUGACAUUUUUUUCACCGAUGCCUUUUAAACCAGCUACACCAUCAAAUUUACCUUCACUAUCUCAAAAUAAUGAUUUACAAUUAUCUAUUCCAUCAAAUUAUAAAGUAAAAAAAGAUAAAUUAACACAACAAUCACAAGCAAAUAAAUCUAAUGAUAAAACAAAAACAUUUACUACUGUUUAA